AUGGCGGCCGCAGCAGGCUCGCCAGCCGAGCCGCAGCACGAGCCGGCGCCCGUGGACGCCGUCUCCGAAGAAGGAGAAGCUGCCGUUGUCGCGGACGCCGAGCAGCAGACGCCGACGCCCGACACCGGCGAACUGCUGGGCCGCGUCGCGACCGAGAUCAGCCAGGCCUUCCAGACGUCCCUCGCCCAGGUCGUGUCGGACAUCGGCCGCGAGUACGGCGUGGAGCCCAGCGCCAAGUUUGCAUGGAUGGAGAAAGGCGGCGCCGCGGGGGCACCGGGCGACGAGCAGCUGCACGGGAAGGAGGCCGCCGACGGCGACAGCGAGCUCAGCGACGACGUGCGCCGCAUCCUGCGCGAGCUCCAGGCCUCGCGACUGCAAGUGCGAGAGCUGCAGCAGGUCGUGGACGAGCUGCGCGACGAGCAGCGGCUCUCGAAGCAGCGCGUGGCGCUGUUCAGCACGCUCUCGGCCAAGUUGAAGCGCGAUCUUGUAGACGAACGACUGGCACUGAUCGACGCCAAGAACGAGAUCAAGGAGCUGCGGCGCAGACGCAGUGGCGACGACACUGGGUCUGGUGGUGGCCGCUCUCCGCAGUCGCCAUCGCUGCAGGAACAGAGUGACAACCCGUGGACCUCGCCCAACAAGCCCCUGGCCAGCUCCGGUAGUGGUGGAAGCGGGUCUGGUGCACCCGGUGGAGCCUCGUCCGGCACGAAUCUCAUGGCGUUUAACUUUUAUUCAUCUGCUUCGUCCAGAGGUGAAGGUGAACACGAAGGUGGCGAUGAAGACGAGCCGCCGUCCCCGUCUUCGAGCACGCAGACGCUCCGCAGCCAGCUCAUGGGCCAGUUCUUGCCGUCGUCGCUGCUGGACUCGCCUCAAGUCACGCCCAAACACGCCAGGCCCUUCCCCGGUGACACUCUCGGCGAAGACAAAGUGCCGCCCCCAAUUUCUGAAGUAAAGGACGACAUGGAGUCUCUAUCGCUGACAGCAUCACCAGCUCCUGAAGGCGCGACUAGCUCAACAGUGGAACAGGGCAACGCCGAAGUCACCAGCAAUGAGCCCAAGGAGACAAGCCAGAGCGAGGGUGGGAGACUGUCUGCUUCGGGUGGCCCGGCCUCGACGUCCUCGAGAUCGGCAGUCUCUCCUCUGCAGUUGUCCAUGCUGUCGGAGCUCUUCGACUCGAUUUCGGUCGAGGAAUUGGAGUCGACUUUGCUGCAAUUUGACGGCCAAGAGUCCGCAGCGAUCGAUCACAUCUUGCACACGCACCCGAGCUUCAACCCAGCGAUUGGAGCUGGAGCACGAGCAGAGAGCGGCGGCAGCCUAACUUCGAUGGCAUCGCCUUCCCCGUCUCGGUCGUCGUCGGUCGGUCACGGCAAAACGAGUUUGCACCGUAGCAGCAGCCAGAGCGGGCCGAGCGGGCCGCCUCCGGGAUCGUCGAGCAACUGGAAGACCGAAAUCUGCAUGUACUACAUGCAAGGCAAGUGCAACAAGACGCGACGCACCUGCUCGUUUGCCCAUGGUGAAAGCGAUCUGGUACGUCCCAGCGCUUCGAGUGGUGGCAGCAGUAGCAGCAAGCACGGACCCAACUACAAGACUCGGCUUUGCCAAGCCUACGAGAACGGAACAUGCACGAAAUCUCGUCGCGACUGUCCCAUGGCACACGGUGUGAACGAUCUGCGUGACGGAGGCUCUGGAAGCGGAGCAAGUGGCAGUCAGCAGAUUCUCCCAGCUGCGACCCCAAGGUUGCAAAGCUACAAGACCGAGCUGUGCUACUACUUCUUGAAGGGCAACUGCAACUACACCAAGGAGGAGUGCCGCUUCGCGCACGGUCAAAGCGACUUGCGCACGGUGGAGAGCAACACGGCGCAUAUUGCUGCCGCUGCCGCAGCAGCUUCUGGCUUUGGUGGCGACUUCCCGACGUCACCCGUGCCGCCGCCUCCUGCAGCCUCGAUGGAGAAGCAACUGCAGCUGCAGCACCAGUACCAGCAACAGUAUCACCAGCACAACCAGCCACCUUCCAUCCCUCAGCAGCAGCACCACCCGUUCCAGCCGCAGCCUCCUCCCGCCCAGCAGCAACAGAGUUUUGUACAUCAACACCAGCUCCAGUUGCAGCACUCGUCGCGAGGAGCUGGCGGAGCUGCGCACCAAUUCGGCUUCCAGCACCAGCAGUACGACAUGGCGCAGCAGCAGCAAAACCUGUACAUGCAGCCUCCCGGCCAGUUUCGGUAUCUGAAGAGCAUGGACGACAAGCGGUCAACGUCGGGUGGACGCCCGCCGCGACGGGACUCUGGGUCGUCAUGGAGCAGCUUCGAUGCUUCGGGACUGCCGCCUUCGGAGUACUAA